AUGGCGGCACCGGCGCCCCGCCCGCAACGGCGCUGCGGCACCGCCGCGCCUCGCCAGGCCACGCCCCCCGCCCCGCAGGACACGCCCCUCCCUGACACAGACAACUCCGGUGCCACCAUCCUACACCUGGCAGCCCGUUUCGGUCACCAUGAGGUGAUCGACUGGCUCCUUCGCUUCGGGGGCAGCGACCCCACAGCGGCCACCGACACGGGAGCGCUGCCCGUCCACUACGCUGCAGCCAAAGGGGAUUUCCCUUCCCUGCGACUCCUUUUGGGACACUGCCCAAGCACGCUGAGUGCCCAGACCAAGACGGGGGCCACCCCGUUGUACCUCGCCUGCCAGGAGGGCCACCUGGAGAUCAUCCAGUACCUGGUGCAGGACUGCGGGGCUGACCCCCACGCGCGGGCCCACGACGGCAUGACCCCCCUGCACGCCGCCGCCCAGAUGGGCCACAACACCGUCAUCGUCUGGCUGAUGAGCUUCACGACGGUGAGCCUGUCGGAGCGGGAUGCCGAAGGGGCCACUGCCAUGCACUUCGCCGCCAGCCGUGGCCACGCCAAGGUGCUGAGCUGGCUGCUGCUGCACGGCGGGGAGAUCACCACCGACAGCUGGGGCGGCACGCCGCUGCACGACGCCGCUGAGAACGGCGAGCUGGAGUGCUGCCAGAUCCUGGUGGUGAACGGCGCCGACCUCAGCAUCCGCGACCAGGACGGCUACACGGCGGCCGAUCUGGCCGACUACAAUGGCCAUGGCCACUGCGCCCAGUACCUGCGCACCGUGGAGAACAUGAGCGUGGAGCACCGCGUGCUGUCGCGAGACCCCUCGGCGGACGGGGAGUGCCGGCAGCCCGACUCGGGCAUGUCAUCACCCAACACCACGGCGUCGGCGCCCCAGGCACGCUUCGAGGUGGGCUCCCCUGCCAGCACCCUCUCCAACUACGACUCCUGCCACUCCAGCCAGUCCAGCACCGGGGAGAAGAGGGGCGGCCCCCCGGGGCCGGCGCUGGCGGACAUGCAGGCCUACAUGGACAUGCUGGACCCCGAGACGCGGCCACGGGGCCGGGGGCCGCUGGCAUCGCGGGAGAGCAGCCCCGAGGGCCUGCGCCGGGCCGACUCCACGCGGCGGUCGAGGAAUUUCGGCAAGCAGCCCAGCACCGGUGACUACUACAAGCACCUGGGGCACGGCGCGGCUGAGCAGCCUGGCCCCCGGCGGAUGGCACACAGCGAGGAGGCAUCACCCAUCUCGGCCGACACCAUGCGCAACGGGGAGAGCAAGCCUGGCCCCGAGCUGCCGCCACCCCCACCGCCCCCACCUGCCGCCUGCCCACCGCCCCCACCGCCACCCCCUCCGGCUGAGACCCCCGCCGGCCCCCGCCGCUCCUCCUCCUCCACGGGAAGCACCAAGUCCUUCAACAUGAUGUCCCCCACCGGCGACAACUCGGAGCUUCUGGCUGAGAUCAAGGCCGGGAAGAGCCUCAAACCGACGCCGCAGAGCAAAGGCUUCACCACCAUCUUCUCCGGCAGCGGCCAGGCGGGGGGCAACCGCAAACGGGCGCAGCCCCCCGGUAACGCCCGCCGCCCCGUCCUGGAGGAGGAGUACGGGGCCGGGGCACCGCGGCGGAGCCGGGCGGGAGCGGGCGGCCCGCGGGAGCGCGCCGAGGCGCGCAGGGAGCGCGCAGUCCUCCUCUUCCUGGAGCACUGGAAGAAACGGGCGCUGGCGGCGGCGGGAGGGGAGGAGCGGCCGCGGAGGGCGGGGAGGCGGCGACCGGCGGCGGGGAGGCUCCUAGCCCGCUGGAGGAGCGUGGCCCGCCGGGUACCGGGGAGGCAGAUCCGGCGGCUGAGCCGCUCCACGGGGCUUUACUGGCCCCAGCACUUCUUGCCCUACGUCGGAGGGUCGCCCCUGCCCCACGACAGCCUCCCGCUCGACCUCUUCAUGCUGGGCUACUUCCAGCUGCUGGAGAUGCCGCUCAGCCCCGAGGAGCGGAGGUUCCGCCAUCUCCUCUGCUACGAGAUGUUCGACCGCCUGGGCAGCCACAGCUGGCACCGGGUCCGCCGCUUCCACCGCGCCGCGCUGGAGCGGGUGGAGACCGGCCACCGCUGCUGGCUCGACGGCUUCGACGACCUCGUGCAGGAGUUUUUCGGGGAGGGCCAGAACCCGCCGGACCCCCCCGCCGCGGCUCCGGGAAGGGAGGGGGAAACGGUACCGGUGCCGGUACCGGAGCUGGGCGAGUUCAGCGAGGAGGACGUCUGCCGCUUCAUCGACCGCAGCUUCUCCUUCUGGAAGGAGAAGGAGGCGGAGAUGUCCGACACUUGA